AUGGAAAACAGAUUCGUCGACACAAGUGAUACUCUAUAUGGAGACGAAAGUACCAGUCCGAUCUACGGCUAUCAAGACCAAGUUAUUACAACAUUGGAAGAAGCUAUUCAAGGCAUCAGACACGAAAUCCUUCGAAUUGAUGAUUACGUAACGCAAGCAAAGCAAAAAUACAGGAGACCAUGUAUAUUAACAGAGGAUGAGUUUGCAUCCAUCUAUCUUUAUACAAUGACCGGCUCAGGUUUUUCCUCAAGGCUAAACGGUCGUCUUCGAGCCAUGGACAAAGGACCGUUAAAACCAUGGUUUCCAUACUUAAAGCUCUUCAUCACGGCUCUCAAUAAGUUACCUUCGUUCAAAGGUAUUGUGUGGCGCGGUAGGCCGGAGAUAAUUGAUGCUAAUUCUGAUGAUAAGCACGAAACUUGGUGGGGAGUAACUUCGACUUCGAAAGAUCCCAAGAUUGUCGAACCUUAUCUUGGAAAAUCUGGUACUGGUACUAUUUAUGCUAUUGAAGUCAUAAAUGGAAAAGAUAUUUCGCAAUAUUCAGCUGUUCUUAGCCAGGAACAGGAAAUUAUCCUCAUGCCAGGUACACGAGUACACCGUAAAAGUGAACCAGUUGAAAUCGUCAACAAACCGUUCCUAUACUCGUUCGAAGAAUGUACGAGUAUUCCACAAGGCAAACAUGUCAUGCUGUCUUAUGAGAACAAUGACAAAGCUGUUGUUUUGGAAAUAUAUCAAUAUCUGUAUAAUAGGUCGAUACCAGUUUGGUUCGACGAAAAUAGAUCGAAUAAUAAUAUUUAUGACAGCCUUGCAAUUGGAGUAGAAAAUGCAGCAUUCGUCGUAUGUUUUCUCAGUCCGGAAUACGAAAGCUCAGCACGCUCUCAAAUAGAACUCGAAUAUGCGCAAAAGCGUCAUAAGAAGAUCAUUCCAUGUCUAACUAAAACGGAAGAAACUUGGAGAUCGAUCCGUUGGCUGAGUCCUAUUCUGGAGGGAGUGAAACAAGAAAAUUUUCGGCAUUUCUCACCGUCCAAUGAUAUUGAUUCUGAAAUGGAUUAUUUAUUGUUGAUACUUCAAAAAAUGGUAUAUGUACCGGAAGAAAAUUCAGAACGACUCAACAUUCGAUUCGAACUGAUUAAAUAUGAAUAUUUAUGCAACAGUAAAAUAGAACGAUUCAUGAAUCCAGCGGUAACUUUUCCAAUCGACCAGAGUUAUAUCAAUUUGGUCAUCGUAGAAACCAAAGAAACUCGGGAGAAAGAGGGGAAACUUAAAGAAACUCAAAACAUUGGAACAAUUCUUGGCACGUACGAAGAUAUAUAUGGCAGUAAGACUCCAAUUGAGGUUAAAGAUAUUUUCGAAAAAUGCAAAGAUCAGAACAAACGCAUAUUAGUUUUUGGUCGCGCUGGUAUUGGAAAGUCAACAUUUUGUCGAUAUGCUGCCUAUCAAUGGGCAACCAGUGCAAUUUGGUCAGAAUAUGAACUGGUUGUGGUCGUUCCUUUACGAUCUCUAACAGGACCAAAGUAUAACGCUAACAAAGAGUAUAAUCUCGUGGACAUUUUGAUAAAUCAAUAUUUUUUCGAUCGAUCUCUAUCAACUGAGGAGAAGAAUACGUUAGAAAAUAAGAUUCACACAGGCCGAAUUCUGUGGCUACUCGAUGGUUAUGAUGAAAUAGUACAGGAAACAUCUUUACAUCUGCAAAACUUACUCGAACGGCUGCUCAAAACUCCACAUCAUAUCGUUACAUCUCGUCCAUAUAUGAAUACUUUAUCGUACUUCGUGCACAUGGAAAUCACAGGCUUCACAAAAGAAAACGUCAACAACUACAUCAAGUUGUUCUUCACUCAGUUAGGAAACUCAUCACACAAAGGUGACAACUUACUAAACUUUCUCAGAUCGAAACCCAAGAUUUGGGGCAUCGCACAUAUUCCCAUCAAUCUCGAGCUCAUUUGUAGCACUUGGAGCAAUAUUGAUUGGACACAAACAAAAACAGUAACGAUUACAAUACUAUAUGAUAGAUUGACCGACUGGAUCUGCCGUCGAUACCUCGAGAAACAAAAAAAGAUGUCACCAAUCGAAACUACUCGAAUGGAUAAAACAGAUGUUUAUGACGAAUGUCGUAAGGAGUUGGCGUUCUUGGAGAAUCUCGCCUUCCAAGGAAUGGAAAACAAUGUUAUUCUUCUAGGUCCACAAUUACUAAAAGAGGCCCAAAAAGAGAGCAGAUGCAAGUUAAAAGAGUGUCCGAACUUAUUCAAUGUUGGGUUACUAAAAUCAUACGACUCAAAUUCAGGUAGCAUUGGAACACGAAUCGAAGCAGAUAAGCACUAUUACUUCGUUCAUCUCAGUUUUCAAGAACACUUUGCCGCUCGUUACUUAGCCAACGCGCUUUCGAAUACUAAACGCGACCAAGCAACGCAAUUCAUUCGUGAAAACAAAUAUAAUAGGAGAUAUCAAUUACUCUUUACAUUUUUAUCCGGUUUGUUGAACGAAGAUCAAGAACCUAAAUGCAAUCGAGCAUUUUGGGAUGCUGUACUCAAUGAACCUUUGGACAUCAUCGGCGUGCGACACGUGGCGCUUGUAAUUCAGUGUCUAGAUGAAGCAGUACCAGCUCAAACAUUCAUUGAGUCACAACAAUUGCUUGAGAAGAUCACACAAUGGCUGGAAUACGCUUUAAGCAGUGGAUCGCAAUAUUUAUCCAACCUUCUCACACAGACACUACGCACAUGCCAUGCAAUUUGCAACGAACCACGAUUCCAACAGUCCAUAGUCCAACUAUUCAACAAUCAACUAUUCCCCAAUCGAAACAUGGUAUUGUCAUUUAUAUCAAAUAUUCCACUUACCAACCCCAUCGAACCGCUACUACUAGCGUUACGCGAGGCACUCAAGAGCCACGAUCGUCGGGUGCGAAGUAGUGCAUGUGACGCAGUUGGUCGUAUGGGUGAAAAAGCAGUCACGAAGGAACUGAUCGAUGGACUUGUCGAGGCACUCAAGACCGACGAUGGUCUGGUGCGAAGUAGUGCAUGUGACGCAGUUGGUUGUAUGGGUGAAAAAGCAGCGACGAAGGAAGUGAUCGAUGGGCUUCUCCAGGCAUUCAGGAGCGACGAUGGCCCGGUGAGGAGUAGUGCAUGUGACGCACUUGUUAAUAUUGGUGAAAAAACAGCCACGAAGGAAGUGGUCGAUGGGCUUCUCGAGGCAUUCAAGAGGGGCGAUGGUUGGGUGAGAAGUGAGGCAUGUGACGCACUUGUUGGUAUUAUUGAAAAAGCAGCCACGAAGGAAGUGAUCGAUGGAUUUCUCGAGGCACUCAGGAGCGACAAUUAUUCCGUGAGGAGUAGUGCAUCUGACGCACUUGGUCGUAUGGGUGAAAAAGCAGCCACGAAGGAAGCGAUCGAUGGAAUUCGCGAGGCACUCAAGAGCGACGAUGAUCGGGUGAGAAGUGAGGCAUGUGACGCACUUGUUGGUAUUAUUGAAAAAGCAGCCACGAAGGAAGUGAUCGAUGGAUUUCUCGAGGCACUCAAGAGCGACAAUUAUGCCGUGAGGAGUAGUGCAUGUAACGCACUUGUUCAUAUUGGUGAAAAAGCAGCGACGAAGGAAGUGAUUGAUGGGCUUCUCAAGGCACUCAGGAUCGGCGAUGGUCGGGUGAGGAGUAAUGCAUGUUACGCACUUGGUCGUAUGGGCGAAAAAGCAGCCACGAAGGAAGCGAUCGAUGGGCUUCUCGAGGCACUCAAGAGCGACGAUGGUCUGGUGCGAAGUAGUGCAUGUGACGCAGUUGGUCGUAUGGGUGAAAAAGCAGCGACGAAGGAAGUGAUCGAUGGGCUUCUCGAGGCACUCAAGAGCGACGGUGGUUGGGUGAGAAUAGGUGCAUGUUGGGCACUUGUUCAUAUUGGUGAAAAAGCAGCGACGAAGGAAGUGAUCGAUGGGCUUCUCGAGGCACUCAAGAGCGACGAUGAUGGGGUGAGAAGUAGUGCAUGUAAGGCACUUGUUCAUAUUGGUGAAAAAGCAGCGACGAAGGAAGUGAUCGAUGGGCUUCUCGAGGCAUUCAGGAGCGACAAUUAUUCCGUGAGGAGUAGUGCAUGUUACGCACUUGGUCGUAUGGGUGAAAAAGCAGCGACGAAGGAAGUGAUCGAUGGGCUUCUCGAGGCACUCAAGAGCGACGGUGGUUGGGUGAGAAGUAGUGCAUGUGACUCACUUGUUGGUAUUAUUGAAAAAGCAGCGACGAAGGAAGUGAUCGAUGGAUUUCUCGAGGCAGCCAGGAGCGACAAUUAUUCCGUGAGAAGUGAGGCAUGCGACGCACUUGUUCAAAUUGGUGAAAAAGCAGCCAUGAAGGAAGUGAUCAUUGGCUUGGGCUGUGCUUUGGAAUACCAAUUCAGUGACAUGGUGCAAAUGAGAUCGUCAAAACUUUUAACAACAAUCCAAGCUGCCAAUUCUGACACUGGACUUCGUACUCAACAAGGAACUAUCUAUGGUCGACAAACUGAAGCAUCCAUUGAAUAUCUCGGUAUUCAAUAUGCAAAAGUAAUUCGAUGGAAACCGCCCAUCGACCUUGCUUCAGAGAAGUUUGCAAAUGGUUCAUACCAUGCAGUAUCAUUUGGUCCAUGCUGUUUACAGCCGAAAACUGCUGAUUAUAUUCCGAAUCAAAAUGAAGAAUGUCUCUAUCUAAAUAUUUACAAACCAAUUAUUCCAUCGAAUUCGUCUUUGUUGCCCGUACUUGUUUGGAUUCACGGCGGUGCUCAUAAUCAUGGUUGCUCNNGCUCGAAACUGAACCAUUUUACGAGUAUUCCACAAGGCAAACAUGUCAUGUUGUCCUAUGAGAACAAUGACAAAGCUGUUGUUUUGCAAAUAUAUCAAUAUCUGCAUACUAGAUCGAUACCAGUUUGGUUCGACGAAAAUAUAUCGAAUAAUAAUAUUUAUGACAGCCUUGCAAUUGGAGUAAAAAAUGCAGCAUUCGUCGUAUGUUUUCUCAGUCCAGAAUACGAAAGCUCAGCGCGCUCUCAAAUAGAACUCCAAUAUGCGCAAAAGUGUUAUAAGAAGAUCGUUCCCUGUCUAACUAAAACGGAAGAAACUUGGAGAUCGAUCGGCUGGUUGAGUGCUAUUCUGGAGGGAGUGAAACAAGAAGAUUUUCGGCAUUUCUCACCGUCGGAUGAUAUUGAUUUUGAAAUGGAUAAUUUAUUGUGGACACUUCAAAAUAUGGUAUAUGUACCGGAAGAAAAUUCAGAACGACUCAACAUUCGAUUCGAACUGAUCAAAUAUCAAUAUUUAUGCAACAGUAAAAUAGAACGAUUCAUGAAUCCAGCGGUAACUUUUCCAAUCGACCAGAGUUAUAUCAAUUUGGCCAUCGUAGAAACCAAAGAAACUCGGGAGAAAGAGGAGAAACUUAAAGAAACUCAAAACAUUGGAACAAUUAUUGACACGUACGAAGAUAUAUAUGGCAGUAAGACUCCAAUUGAGGUUGAAGAUAUUUUCGAAAAAUGCAAAGAUCAGAACAAACGCAUAUUAGUUUUCGGUCGCGCUGGUAUUGGAAAGUCAACAUUUUGUCGAUAUGCUGCCUAUCAAUGGGCAACCGGUGCAAUUUGGCCAGAAUAUGAACUGGUUGUGCUCGUUCCUUUACGAUCUCUAACAGGAUCAAAGUAUAACGCUAACAAAGAGUAUAAUCUCGUGGACAUCUUGAUAAAUCAAUAUUUUUUCGAUCGAUCUCUACCAGUUGAGGAGAAGAAUACGUUAGAAAAUAAGAUUCACACAGGCCGAAUCUUGUGGCUACUCGAUGGUUAUGAUGAAAUAGUACAGGAAACAUCUUCACACCUGCAAAACUUACUUGAACGGCUGCUCAAAACCCCACAUCAUAUCGUCACAUCUCGUCCAUACAUGAACACUUUAUCGUACUUCGUGCACAUGGAAAUCACAGGUUUCACCGAAGAAAACAUCAAUAACUAUAUCGAGUUGUUCUUCAAUCAGUUAGACAACUCAUCACACCAAGGUGACAACUUACUAAACUUUCUCAGAUCGAAACCCAGGAUUUGGGGCAUCGCACAUAUUCCCAUCAAUCUCGAGCUCAUUUGUAGUACUUGGAGCAAUAUUGAUUGGACACAAACAAAAACAGUAACGAUUACAGUACUAUAUGACAGAUUGGCCGAAUGGAUCUGCCGUCGAUACCUCGAGAAACAAAAAAAGAUGUCACCAAUCAAAACUAAUCGAAUGAAUAAAACCGAUGUUUAUGACGAAUGUCGUAAGGAGUUGGCGUUCUUGGAGAAUCUCGCCUUCCUAGGAAUGGAAAACAAUGUCACUCUUCUAGGUCCACAAUUAUUAAAAAAGGCCCAAAAAGAGAGCAGAUGCAAGUUGAACGACUGUCCGGACUUAUUCAAUGUUGGGCUACUAAAAUCAUACGAUUCAAAUUCAGGUGGCAUUGGAACACGAAUCACAGCAGAUAAGCACUAUUACUUCGUUCACCUCAGCUUUCAAGAACACUUUGCCGCUCGUUACUUAGCCAAUGCGCUUUCCAAUAGUACACGCGACCAAGCAAAGCAAUUCAUACGCGAACACAAAUAUAAUCAACGAUAUCAAUUACUCUUUAUAUUUUUAUCCGGUUUAAUAAACGACGACCAAGAAACUAACUGCAAUCGACCAUUUUGGGACGCUAUACUCAAUGAUCCUUUGGAUAUCAUCGGCGCCCGACACCUGGCGCUUAUAAUUCAGUGUCUAGAUGAAACAGCACUACCUCAAACAUUCAUUCAGUCACAACAACUACUCGAGAAGAUCAUGCAAUGGCUCGAGUACGCUUUACGCAGUGGAUCGCGAUAUCUAACCAAACUUUUCGACCAGACACUUAGUACAUGUAAUGCAAUUUGCAAUGAACCACGAGUACAACAGACAAUAGUCCGACUAUUGAACAAUCAACAACUCACCAAUCGACACAUGGUAUUUUCAUUUAUAUCCAAAAUUCCACUUACCAACCCCAUCGAACCGCUCCUACUAUCACUACGCCAGGCACUGAGAAGCGACGAUGUUUCCGUGAGAAGUUGGGCAUGUGACACACUUGGCGGUAUUGGUGAAAAAGCAGCGACCAAGGAAGUGAUGGAUGGACUUCUCGAAGCGUUGACGACCGGUGAUAAUUCCCUGAGAAGUACUGCAUGUGACGCACUUAGUCGUAUGGGUAAAAAAGCAGCCACGAAGGAAGUGAUAGAUGCACUUAUCGAGGCACUAAGGAGCGAAAAUGAUGCCGUGCGAAGUUGGGCUUGUGACGCACUUGUUGGUAUGGGUGAAAAAGCAGCCACCAAGCAGGUGAUUGACAGACUUGUCGAGGCACUCAGGAGCGAAAAUGAUGCCGUGAGAAGUUGGGCAUGUAACGCACUUGGUCGGAUGGGUGAAAAAGCAGCUACCAAGGAAGUGAUCGAGCGACUAGUCGAAGCGUUGAGGAGCGACGAUAAUUCCGUGAGAAGUUCGGCAUGUGAGGCACUUGUUGGUAUUGGUGAAAAAGCCGCCACGAAGGAAGUGAUCGAUGGACUUGUUCAGGCACUCAGGAGCGACAAUGAUUCCGCGAGAACUUGGGCAUGCUACACACUCGAUCGUAUCGGUGACAACGCAGCCACCAAGGAAGUGAUCGAUGGGCUAGUCGCCGCACUCAGGAGCGACGAUAAUUCCGCGAGAAGUUCGGCAUGUGAGGCACUUGUUGGUAUCGGUGAAAAAGCAGCCACGAAGGAAGUGAUUGAUGGACUUGUCGAGGCACUCAGGAGCAACGAUGAAUCCGUCAGAAGUUCGGCAUGUAACGCACUUGGUGGUAUUGGUGACAAAGCAGCGACCAAGGAAGUGAUCGAUGGACUAGUCGACGCACUCAGGAGCAACGAUGAAUCCGUGAGAAGUUGGGCAUGUAACGCACUUGGUCGUAUCGGUGAAAAAGCAGCGACCAAUGAAGUGAUCGAUGAACUUGUCGAGGCACUCAGGAGCGACAAUGAUUCCGUGAGAAGUUCGGCAUGUAACGCACUUGGUCGCAUGGGUGAAAACGCAGCGACCAAGGAAGUGAUCGAUGGACUAGUCGAGGCACUUAGGAGCAACGAUGAAUCCGUGAGAAGUUGGGCAUGUAACGCACUUGGUUGUAUUGGUGACAAAGCAGCCACGAAGGAAGUGAUUGAUGGACUAGUCGAGGCACUCAGGAGCAACGAUGAAUCCGUGAGAACUUCGGCAUGUAACGCACUUGGUGGUAUGGGUGAAAAAGCAGCGACCAAGGAAGUGAUGGAUGGACUUCUCGAAUCGUUGACGACCUAUGAUAAUUCCCUGAGAAGUAGUGCAUGUGACGCUCUUAGUCGUAUGGGUAAAAAGGCAGCCACGAAGGAAGUGAUAGAUGCACUUAUCGAGGCGCUAUGGAGCGAAAAUGAUGCCGUGAGAAGUUGGGCUUGUCACGCACUUGUUCGUAUGGCUGGAAAAGCAGCCACGAAGGAACUGAUUGAUGGACUUAUCAAGGCAUUUAGGAGCGAGAAUGAUGCCGUGAUAAGUCUUGCAUGUUUCGCACUUCUUCGUAUGGGUAAAAAAGCAGCCGCGAAGGAAGUGAUAGAUCGACUUCUCGAUGUACUGAGGAGCGACGAUAAAUGCUUGAGAAAAAUAGCAUGUGUCGCAUUUGGUCGUAUGGGUGAAAAAGCCGCCACGAAGCAGGUGAUUGAAGGACUUGUCGAGGCACUUAUGAGCCGCAAUGAUUCCGUGAGACGAUUGUCAUGUUACGCACUUGAUCAUAUGGGUGAAAGACAAGGCACGAAGAAAGUGAUCGAUGGACUUGUUGAGGCACUAAGGAGCGACAAUGAUUCCGUGAGAAGUCGUGCAUGUGAGGCAGUUGGUCGGAUGGGUGAAGAAGCAGCGAUGAAGGAAGUGAUUGAUGGACUUCUCGAAGCGCUGAGGAGCGAAGAUGAAUCUGUGAGAAGUUGUGCAUGUGGCGCUCUUGGUCGUAUGGGUGAAAAAGCAGCGGCCAAGGAAGUGAUCGUUGGACUUACCGAGGCACUUCGUAGCUACGAUGAAUACGUGAGAAGUAGCGCAUGUUACGCACUUGUUGAUAUGGCUGAAAAAGUAGCCACGAAGGAAGCCAUCGAUGGACUUUUCGAAGCACUCAGGAGCGACGAUAAAUACGUGAGAAGUAGCGCAUGUGACGCACUUGUUGAUAUAGGUGAAAAAGCAGCCACCAAGGAAGUGAUCGAUGGACUUGUCGAAGCGUUGAGGAGCGACGAUAAUUCCGUGAGAACAAGCGCAUGUGGCAUACUGUGCCGUAUGGGUGAAAAAGCAGCCACCAAGGAAGUGAUCAUUAGUUUGGACUGGGCUUUGGUAUGCGAGUGGAGUAAUAAGCAGGAGUCAUUGAGUGGUUAUACUUGGAUGAUGGGCGAGCGAGUAAGAUAUUAUCUCAUUGUAAUGUCUGCGUUAGGAGUGUUUUGGGACUCAGAGUUGCAAAUUGGAGACGCGGGUGAAAUCGCUAUGGAUUGUGUUCAGCGGCAAUUGAUAUCCCCAGUUAGACUUGUCAAAGUUUAUAUGGAGAGAGGGGAGCAGAUGUUUUUGCGUGGUGCUAUCUAUGCAUGUGUUAUCACUGAAACUGCGCUCGCUAUUCAUGGCAGUUGCUUGUGUAUUUAUGAUAGGGAAGGUGUGAGAAAAGUAUCUAUUCCGCCGGGUAGUGAGAGUUUGGUGGAUGAACUUCGAAAGGGUGCGUUUCGAGCGAUCGGCCAGCUUGAUUUGAAAGUUCACAUAGAUUGGAAUAGACCGGGAAAGCGAGAGCUGAGUGAUAAUACCAAUCCGUAUGAAAGAGGUCGAAAAUUAAGAUGUCGUAAAUAUAGCAAAUAA